CCCACCACAUUUCGUUCCUUGCAGUCUAAGAAGAAGAAGAAAUCUCCUAGCAUUACAGAAACCAUGCCAGUGCGUAGAUUCGCCUUUGGCCGGGCUGAGGAGGCCAGACAUCCAGAUUCCAUGCGCGCGGCUCUCUCCGAAUUCGUAGCCACCUUCAUCUUCGUCUUCGCAGGAGAAGGCUCUGUCCUCGCUCUCGGUAAGCUGUACCAGGACACAUCCCCGGCAUCAGGGUUGGUGGCUGUGGCCGUAGCCCAUGCGUUAGCUUUGUUUGCAGCGGUUGCGAUCAGUAUCAAUAUCUCUGGUGGCCAUGUGAACCCUGCGGUCACCUUUGGUGCACUAGCUGGCGGACGGAUCUCUGUCUUGCGUGCUGUAUUCUAUUGGGUGGCCCAGCUCUUGGGGGCCGUUGUAGCUUCUCUCUUGUUGAGGCUUACUACUGAUGGCAUGAGACCGGUGGGGUUUGUGGUGGCAUCCGGUGUCGGGGUAUGGCACGCGCUCCUCCUCGAGAUAGUGAUGACAUUUGGGCUAGUCUACACAGUCUAUGCGACUGCCAUCGAUCCAAAGAGAGGUAACUUAGGCACCAUAGCGCCGCUUGCCAUCGGUUUCAUCGCCGGCGCUAACAUACUAGCAGGUGGGCCAUUCGAUGGGGCAUCGAUGAACCCGGCGAGGGCGUUUGGGCCAGCACUGGUGGGGUGGAGGUGGAGGUACCACUGGAUCUUUUGGGUGGGGCCCUUUGUGGGUGCUACCAUUGCUGGUCUCAUGUACGAGAUUUUAUUGAUACCAGCUGAAUCGCCACUCCAACACCAGCCCUUGGCCCCUGAAGAUUACUAGUAAUACUAUUUUCUUAUGUGCGUGUGGACGACUGUAUUUGUGUUUGUCCUUUGUCGUGAAAUAUAUAUGUAAUAAACGGCAACCUCCUCUUAUUGACUUUAA